GAAGGAGAAGAGGGGACGACAUGAACCCUCGAAAAUCAGACCAGGAGGGAUUUUGGGUUUGAGAGAGAGAGAGAGAGAGAGGGACAUGCUAUUGUGGUGGAGGCGGUGGUGGUGCGGAGGCAUCGAAACGACGUCGUUGCGGUCGUGCGAUGCGGGUGGCCGCCGACGUUGAUGGGCCUGCAAUUUCAAUUGCAGAUGAGUUGGCAGCCGAGUCUACUGAAUCAGAAGCGGAAGACAGGCCCGCCUCUAGGGUUGAAGAACCUCGGCAACUCUUGCUACCUCAACAGCGUCCUUCAGUGCCUCACCUACACCCCUCCUCUCGCCAAUUUCUGCCUCCGAAACCAGCACUCCUCCCUCUGUGACUCUUCCGACAAGGAACGCAAGCGCGAGUGUCCGUUUUGCAUGCUGGAGAGGCGAAUAGUCCGCUCCCUCAGUGUGGAUCUCAGUCUAGAUGCGCCGGCGAAGAUUCGGAGCUGUCUGAAUAUUUUCGCCGAACACUUUCGCCACGGUCGUCAGGAAGACGCUCAUGAGUUCCUGCGUUACGUUAUUGAUGCUUGCCACAACACUUGCCUUCGCCUGAAGAAGCUCCGGCGCAACAUCACCGGCAAUGGUUUGUCCAACGGCAAUGGCAAUGGCAAUGGCCACGCCAACGCGAAUGGUCAGGCCAACGGCAAAGCCAGUGGGACGGCUCCGGCGUCGUCCACGGUGGUGAUGGAGAUAUUCGGGGGAGCUUUGCAGAGCCAGGUGAAGUGUCUAUCCUGUGGCACAGAGUCCAAUAAGGUUGAUGAGAUAAUGGAUAUUAGUCUUGAUGUUUUGCAUAGUAAUUCGCUUAAAGACGCCUUGCAAAGGUUCUUCCAGUCUGAGCUUUUGGAUGGCCAGAACAAGUACAAGUGCGAAAGAUGUAACAAAUUGGUGGCGGCUAGGAAGCAAAUGUCUAUACUUCAAGCACCUAAUGUUCUUGUAAUCCAACUUAAGAGAUUUGAGGGUCUAUUGGGUGGGAAGAUUGAUAAAUCCAUUGCAUUUGAAGAGUUUUUGGUGCUGUCGAGCUUCAUGUGCAAAACAAGUCAGGAUCCACGUCCAGAAUAUAAGCUUUGUGGUACUAUUGUGCAUUCUGGUUUUUCACCCGAGUCUGGUCAUUAUUAUGCAUAUAUUAAGGAUGCGAUGGGUCGUUGGUAUUGCUGCAACGAUCAGUUUGUCUCUCUUUCAACUUUGCAAGAGGUCUUAUCUGAAAAGGUUUACAUCCUUUUCUUCUCCCGUACCAACCAAAGGUCGGUUAAUGCUGCUUCAAAUGGGUUAAAGUCUCAAAAUUGUAAUGGUCAUGAGGCUUCCAAAAAACCGAAGCCUGCUCUUCCACCAAAAGGACCACAAAUAAAAAUUUCUGAACAGUCUUCUUGGAAGGAUAUUUCUACUAAAUCUCAGGUUGAUAAAGUGCCUUCAGGCCCACGGAUGAAGUUUAACAUCAAUGGAAACUUGAGCACCAAAAGAACUCCUGCAACUGAUAAUGGAAACAUUGCUUACAAGAACCAAUCUGUGGGAUCAAAUGGGGAGGUGAAGGACUCGGUUAGUUUGGACAAAAGUGAGAAAGCCAAGAUGACUUUGAUAAAUGGGGAUGGUUUGAACGGGAAUAUAACAUCUGAUACUAUUGAAGCUAACAACACCCAACCAUUUUCUUCACCAAUAGAAAAUGGUAGUGUGGGUUCAGUGAAAUCCGAACUCUCUGAAGUUACUGCUUCAGUGAAAACCGAACUCCCUGAUCACUCUGAAUUGGAUAGCAGUGGUCCCAAUGGUCACUCCAUGGUCCUUGGGCCCAAAAGGAAAUCUCGGGGUUCAUGCAUUUUGUUUGAACAUGAUGCUCAAUCUCUGGAAAAAGUUGAAGAAUUGAAGGCAGGUCUCAAGAAAGAAGCUCUCACAGUUUUGCGCUCAUGCGGUUGGGCAGAUGAGGUUUUCAGUUUUAUGCGUUCCCGGAAGAGGUUAUGUGUAGAUCAAGUUGGACUCACUCAGAAUGGUGAUGAAGCAAAGAAACUGUUGAUCAGGGAUUCCAAAUCAACUUUUAUUUCAAAGAUACCCGAGUCUUUGAAGGGGGGCUUCAUCAAACGUAUUAAAUCAUUUAGCCAAGAAUAAUGACAUUAUUGUGGUCUUGAUUAACUCUGAACCUGUGUGGUGACACUCUUUACCUGGUGGGACUUGGUGUAUAAUUUGUAUAGAAACUCUUGUAUCUCCUGAGGAAGCAGAGUAUUAUGCUAUACACUGAACCCUUCUUAAGCAAGUGUCUCAGCAGUUACGUUUUGCCAAUGGCAAUAUACUUGUAUGUGCACGCCGUCGAGUUGAGAUGAAAGUGCUAAUUCAAAAUUGCCGAAAUUUUUGCUCUUUCGAGGCUGUGUUACUGGUUUUGUGUAGAGAACAAGUGAAGAGAUUUAGAGAUAUAUUCAUUUAUGUAUGAUAUUCUUUUGGUUUAGUACUCGUUUUUAUGGAUUACUACUGUUCCAUCAAAAUGUGGUCGGAUAGUUAAGAAAAAGGUUAGGAAUCGAAUCGAGUUGUAUUACUUUUUGUUUAAUUAUCUCCAACUCACCUACUGAAAUAUAGUGGAAACCGUGAUAGCAUUUUGAAUGAGUUA